AUGAAUGCAAGGACCCAACCCAUCGACCCUGAAUCGGUGCAGCGAAGCGGCCACCGAGGGAAUAGUGAGAUCCUACGGUCCUUCAGGAUCCUCCGCUUGACGCGGAUCUGCCGCAUGGCCAAGCUGGUGAGGUUCUUCCCAGAGUUGCAAAUCCUUAUCAAGGCCAUGCUCACGGCGUUCCGCUCUGUCUUCUUUGCACUGGUCUUGCUACUGGCCUCGCAUUACAUGGUGGCCAUUGCCUACCACGUGACCCUCAAAGGCUCCGCGGUCGGCUCUGCAAGCUUCGACUCGGUGUUGGCAUCCAUGCAGACCAUUUUCAUCCAUUGCACUUUGCUCGAUGAAGUCAUCAAUUUGGUGGACCAGUUCACCGCCGAAGGCCUCUACGUCCACCUCGUGUGCAUGUACAGCGUCAUGUUCAUCAAUGCGAUCACUCUUAUGAACCUCUUGGUGGGAAUUGUUGUUGAAGUCAUCAGCAACGUCGCAGUGGCUGAAAGGGAAGCGGUCAACGUGAAGUGGGUCGAAGAGGUUUUGUCCCAACUGCUUGGCCAUGUAGCGUCUGUGACACAGUCAGAGUUGGGCGUGCUGCUUCAUGGGGAAGCGGCCCACCAGGCCUUUGAACUAUUGGGUGUUGACGCUGAGAUGCUGCGGGAGACGGUGCGUGGCCGCUUCAAGGAGACGCCGACCGGUGAGCUUUCGAUGACUCAGGUGGUCGAGAUGGUCAUACAGCUCCGUGGGACCAAUGCAGCGACCGUGAAGGACAUGGUGGAGCUCCGCAAGUGGGUGGAUCGAUCGCAGCAGGUCAUGACCUCGAAGCUGGACGCGCUCCUGAAUUCCCAGGUGAUUGCGAAGAGGCCCAUCGUCCGGCGGAAGUUAAAGGGCCCUCGGAAGGAUGCGGAUGCCGACAGGAAGACUCUUUUUUCUGAUGGGGACGCCGAUUCACCAAGUGAGGCGUCGCUCCACUCGCGAAGAAAUUCGCUCGCAGAGAAGUGCACAAGAGCUUGA